CCCUAACAAAAUAUCUCGCGGAGUCCCAUCCAAUAUCCUCCAAACCCCGAACCUUCUCAUAAACCCUUCCCCCACCGAUUACCUCGAUUCCUCCAUCCCAUCAAAACCCUCCCACCUUCCUAUACUUCUACCUCUCGCUGAAGCAAAAACCCCAGUCCACACAGUUGCGCCUUUUCUUUUCGACAUUAACGCAAACACCAUGAGCUCAUUCAACAACACCCCUAACUUCGACAAUCCGCUCCUCCAAACCCUAAUGGGCCGUCUCCAAAUCCGCCCACCCAACUCCUCCCAGCGCCCUUUCGUCGCCAAAUCCCUCGAGGACCUCCUUUUCGACGCUGUCAACAAUCUCUCCGAUGACUCCGAUGACGACGACAACGCCAUGGAUCCCAGCGGCGGCAUCGACUCUUCUGCCAAGACCCAGCUUCGCAAGGAGGAGGCCAAGCUCGAGAAGGACAUCAUCCGGGUGAUUCUAUCGGGCAAGACCGAUUCUUUGAAGCCCAACUCCGGUCAGGCGGUUACCAUCGGCGAGCACCAUAUCUGUGUCGGGUUCCACGAGGAGAAGGGGUCGGAUUACAGAGUGUGGGAGUGGCAUGGCCACAUCAUGCUGUUUGACGAAGAGAAUGGGUACACCCCCGAGUAUAUCUAUGGGAAUCACUUCGAGAGGUUGCUUGGUGGUGGUGUCUCGCGUGGAGGUGGUGCGGUUAGUCGGUCGCAUAAGGAAGAGGAGGAAGAUGAUGAGGAGGAGGAAGGAGGAGAGAAAGAAGAGGAGAGAACGGCGAAUUUGGGGUUGAGGGAGUUGAUUGACGGUGGUGAUUCCAGUGGUGCUCGGAUACUGCAUAGGAAUGUCGUCACUGGCGCAAAGGUCUGGUUUGAACUGUAA